AGUUCUUUAUACAGGGUCGACAGGGGUAAAAUAAAAGUUAGUUAAAGAGUAUUUUUCAAACGUUGCAAGCGCUUUGGGAGUGUGAAAAAAUUAAAAAUUGAAAGAAAUUACCUAGAGUAAAAAUGUCAAUCAAAUAAAAAUUAAUUUAAGUGUUCAAAACUUGUGAGAAAUAUUAGUCAAAUAGGUGUCAAUAUAGUCUAAAAAAAGCUAAAAAAUCACUUUUAAAGUGUGUUCUUUAUUUAAUCUCUGUUACUAUUGAGGUCGUCUUAAAUGUCGAAUGGUGAUAAGUCCAGAGAGAAUCCAUGAAUAAUAAUUUUGGACAUACAAUACAUGUAUGAAUGUAUAAAACUUUACCCAAAUUUUUUUGAGGAAUGCUGCCCAAUUGACAGUGCUUAGCCGAAUCAAAAUCCGGAUUGGUUCUGGUUAUGUAGACCUGUUCGCCGUGAGAUUAAAAUGAUAUACCAAAAGUUUUUUCUGCCAAUUAUAAUUCUGCGUUCGCUUUCAUGGAAUCUAGCCGUGGUCGACGGAGCUAAAAUUCUUGGCUUAUUUGCACACCCCAGUGAAAGCCAUUUCGCAGUAAUGCGAAGUUUAAUGUUGGAAUUAACAAAGCGGGAACACAAUGUUACCGUUUAUAGCAGUCACCGCCUAAAUGAACGUUUAGAAAGGCUACGAGAAAUAAUUGUUGAGCCGGAAUUUCCUUUUUGGAAGCAAUUUUUAGAAAUAACGGGGAGCCAAGAAGGAGGCCUCCUUAAAGCUAGCAAACUAACCGAAAGGACAAUACAACAGUCUCUGGCCACUACGGGUGCCAAUGCGGUUAAUUACUUCUUGUCAAAUGAAGCCGUAAAGAAAUUGCUUAAUUUACCUGUCAAUGAAUUUGAUUAUGAUUUGAUAAUAGUGGAUUUAUUCUAUACCGAGGCUUUGCUGGCAGUGGGACAUUUUUUCGACAAGCCUACAAUUGGUAUUUUAAACACGAAUUUUGAGAGUUACAUGGAUCGUGUGUUAGAGCAAAUGGUACCGGCCGCCUGUUCACCUAUCAGUUAUGAAACUUACAAACCAGAGGUGGGUUAUUGGAAUCGAUUAGGGGUCAUCCGUAAUUGUAUGUCACGACGAAAACAAUUUAUUAAAGACAAUUGGGGCGCACAAGAAUCAGUGAUGCGAAAACAUUUUUCACAAUUUAAAGGCGUGAACGAACUCAACAUCGGGACGUUACAAGCUGAGUUGACAAUAUUGUUGCUCAACAGUCACGUCCCAUUGUUACGGCCUCGACCGUUGCUAUUAAAUACCGUAGCUGCCGGCGGUAUGCACAUACGACCACCACGUGAAUUACCUUGGCCACUUCGUCGCUUCCUGGAUGAAUCGCGAGCAGGCGUCAUCUACAUGAACCUUGGCAAUGAACAACUCUGUACAGACGUACCAAAACACAUAAUGCAAAUACUCCUAAAUACACUGGGCAAACGAAAAGAGCGUGUGGUGUGGACUUGUCACGAUCACACAGCGUUGAAAAAUUUACAUACCAAUAUAAUGGUCCAACAUGCGGUGCCACAAGCAGAUAUAUUGGCACAUCCGCAUGUGCAUAUAUUUCUUAUGAACGGUGAUUUACUUAGUACACAGGAAGGUAUAAUGCGGCAUGUGCCUAUGAUUUCUGUGCCUAUAUUUCGAAAUGAAGUGCGCAACGCGGAAUUAACAGUGCAACUCGGUGUUGGAAUUCAUCUGAACCAUAAUAACUUAACGGAGACGGCACUCAAUUGGGCGCUGCAGACCAUCAAAGAGGACAGCACAUAUCAGUUGACAAUACGUCAGGUGGCCGCUACCUUCCGUGAUCGGCCGUUAGGUGCUGUGGAAACGUGCAUGUACUGGAUGGACUAUGUAUUACGCCAUAAGGGCGGAGCAGAUUUAAAAACCUUUGGUGGGAACAUACCUUUCAGUCAAUUACAUCUUUUUGAUUUAUUUAUUUACUAUUUCGCGGUUGCAUUACUGAGUGUAGGUGUGCUAGCUGCUAUCAUUUAUGGUAUUAUAAUAAUAAUGAGAAAACGUGAAAUAGGAAAAAUGUAUUCAAAACUAAGUUAAUAUAUGGAAUUUGGUAAAAUGUAAACCAAAUAUGUUGUUUAA